AUGGCUUCCUUGGAAAAGCCCCUCAAGGUCAUCGAGUCCAAAAUUCCCCCUGCAAUCGAGCGGGCGCUGCGCUGCUGCACCGCCGCCUCCGUGGUGACCGACGGCAGCGGCGCCGAGGGCGACGAGCGCAGCCUGUACAUCAUGCGGGUGGUGCAGAUCGCCGUCAUGUGCGUGCUGGCCCUCACCGUGGUGUUCGGCAUCUUCUUCCUCGGCUGCAACCUCCUCAUCAAGUCCGAGGGCAUGAUCAACUUUCUGGUCAAGGACCGCCGCCCGUCCAAGGAGGUGGAGGCGGUGGUGGUGGGGCCGUACUGACCGCAGCGCUGAGCCCGGGGCUGGCCGCCCGCAGCCCUCCCGGGCUCGGCUCCGAGCUUUUCUUCCCGAAAAAGCAGCAGGAGAAUGGACCCGGCGUGCCGGAGGGCGGGAGAUGCUCGGGGUAGCCGGAGCCGCCAAUCCCGGCCCAUCCCGGCCCAUCCCGGCCCAUCCCGGCCCAUCCCG